UUUAUUUCAUUUCCAGACCAGGAAGGCGGCAGUCAUUCCCUGCUCAAAGUGAAGCUCACCGUACGAGACAUGCAGUACUGCAGAGACAAUCUGGCAAGCAGCCUGAAGGUGCAUGCUGAAAUGCUGCCACGCGGCCUCUUGGACGCCACUCAGCUGUGCGCGGGUGGAGGGAGGCACAACAGGGAUACCUGCCAGGGUGACUCUGGCGGCCCGCUCCAGGUGAAAGCGAAUCCCGCAGGUUUGCCGUGCAUUCACCGCAUCAUUGGGGUCGUGUCGUUCGGGCAGAUUUGUGGGCUGGGCUACCCGGGCGUCUACACGAGGGUGUCAGCUUACGUCCCGUGGAUCGAAAGCGUUGUGUGGCCUCCGAGACUCGACGGAUGUGUGGAAAAUGUGCGCAUCAAGGAGGGCAACAACGAGGGGCGCGUGCCCAACACCGGCCCAGGGACCGUGGCCAGAGGCAUGUGCAGGGUGUACCACUCUGAGUUUUGCUUUCUAUACGACUCAUUCUCAAAUUACAACGUCAAGCCGGAACUAACCUCCGAAAAUGCUUGCCACCACAACCACGGAGCAACAAAGGGGCCUUUGCAUCCAGUGAUGCUGUUUAAAUACGGAAACGCCUCAUACAACCGGCGCCACCACUGUGCCGGUGCGCUCGUCUCCCCUAACACCGUCCUUACCGCGGCUCGCUGCACCGCGCUCGACUGGUAAGACUCAUUUUUAUUGCUCGAAUCAAGAGGGUGAGUAGUGUUCAUGGAUAUGAAGCUUUCGGAUUCCUCUACAACCUACAUGUAACACGUGCGUGGGGAAGGGUGGCCCACGGAAAAAAAAAGUUUCAAAAUCGAGGAGCGCCGCACGGAAUCUUCAAGUUAAGCCAAAAACAAAAAUUUUGCGCAUUUUUUCAAUUUUUUGGACCAUUGUAAGGGGUCACUUAACGCGUUCAAAGUUUUAAGCAAAGUAAUGAGUUUCAGUGAAUUAUACUUACUGGUCCUGUAUUGCGAGUUUUGAUCGGAAAGAGGAAAGCGAAACGCCAAAUUGUUUGUUAUGUUACCUAUAAUAAGUUAAGAAAUACUGCAUACCGACUUUGAGCAUUGCCUAUUUUCCAGGCGUCAAAAAUUGCAAAAAUGGAGGGGGGAAAUGCCGUAUUUCAUCUUUGUAGGCCGAUUUGACAACUUUUUCGUCGUCAGAUUGUCUUAUCCUAUGCGCUAAUCCAUUCCCCACACACUAAAUUCUUAUGGACUUUUUUAUGCAUAGUUGUGCAUGCACAGAUACGUCCUGUUAUGUAUAAAAUUAUGCAUCACUGUGUACAUUUUAUGCAGGAAGGUGCAUAAAAUGU